UCGCCCAUAGUGGGAAUCAAUUAGUAUUUGGAAAGUUAAUAAAACAUAGAAAUAGGAAAGAUAAACGUCAAGUAAUUAUUUCAAGAAAUUGGAAAGACGAGAGAUGAAAGCGGGAAAUGGUACGAGGACAAUAAUUAAAAAAGUAACUCUCCCACGUGUCCAUUUUCUAUUGGGUUGGUGUACCACAUAGUCAAAGUGACGUGGUAAGCCGGGAGUAUACAAGAUUUUCUCCCACCUAGCUGCAGCGAUGGUUAAAACGACGACGUGGAGACCUGAACUUACCGUUAGGUGGAGACAAGAGGCCAAACGAUUGAAGACACGUGGCGAUCAGAGUUUAUAUUUGUUUAAAUUACAGUUUAACGGACAAAUCAAGUUUUACUGUUUAAUCAAGUCGUCGUUUUCAGUCGGAAAAGGACGAGACUUUCGUUUCCUUCCCUUUUUCUUUAGUCAAAUUUUUUACAGUACAGAUGACAAUGGUGGAUGAUUCGAUGAGGCACAGCCGAAUUGGCGUGUAGGUGGUUGAAGGGUGAAAUGGCAAGAUCCGGAUCAGCUGGUGAUGAAUCCAUGAAACCGAGAAAAGGGGAAAGCUGGCAGCCAUGCCACGCCACACAGGUUUUCAGUGAAUCAAUUCAAAAGCGAGCUGGUCAAGUGGGGUCCACCACGGGUCCAGUGAUAAACCACCACCAUGGACUCGGGUCGAUUCGUGACAUAAACCCUGCGGCUGGGUUUUGGGUUUAGGUUUGUAUUCAUCCACCCCCUUCUCGGCGCUCAGCGGAACUGCGGGAACUUAUUCUGAUGGCUGCAGGUGCUCAAGAAGAAGAAAAGCUCCAAACUUUCCUGCAAUGGCUGCUAGUGAACAAGGUUGAACUUCGGAGCUGUGAGAUUAAGUACUGUAGCCAGAAUAAAGGGUUCGGAUUAUUUUCCUCAGGCGACGUCUCCGAUGAUGGAGUUGUUCUCGCUGUUCCAUUGGAUUUAGCAAUAACUCCAAUGAGGGUAUUGCAAGAUCCCCUCGUUGGACCGGAUUGUAGAGCGAUGCUUGAAGAAGGAGAAGUGGAUGACAGGUUCUUGAUGAUUCUGUUCCUUGUGGUGGAGCGCCUGAGGGAGAACAACUCUUCUUGGAAGCCGUACCUCGACAUGCUUCCAACUACCUUUGGGAACCCACUCUGGUUUACUGAUGAUGAGCUCUUAGAGCUGGAAGGGACUACUUUGUAUCGGGCAACCCAAUUACAGAAGAAGACUUUGAGGUCUCUCUUCGAGAACAAAGUGAAGAGUCUGGUGAGGAAACUUCUUGCUCUUGAUGGGAAUACCGAAAGGGAGGCCACUUUUGAAGAUUUCCUAUGGGCCAAUUCUGUGUUCUGGAGUCGUGCUUUGAACAUUCCUUUUCCGCGUUCCUAUGUAUUUCCAACAUUUCAGGAGGAUAAUGGCUGUCAUUCCGCCAUCGAUGAUACAUCAUGUGAAGGUGGAGUUUCAGUGAAUGGAAGCAGUGGAGAAAACUUGAAAAUUCAAGUUUCAGAGGGCCAAGUCAAUGGAGCGCCUUCUAGCUCAAGUCAAGAGGAUACUGUCUGGGUAGAGGGUCUUGUUCCUGGCAUUGAUUUUUGCAACCAUGACUUGAAGGCCAUGGCGACAUGGGAGGUAGACGGGACUGGCUUGGUGACUGGAUCUCCUUGCUCCAUGUACCUCCUUUCUGCUGAGCGAAGCCUCUUCAGCAUUGGGAAAGAGAUCUCCAUCAGCUACGGUAACAAAGGCAAUGAGGAAUUACUCUAUCUCUAUGGAUUUGUGAUGGAAAAUAAUCCAGAUGACUACCUAAUGGUUCAUUACCCCAUCGAGGCCAUUCAGAGUGCUCCCUUCUCAGAAGCCAAGUUGCAGCUUCUUCAGGCACAGAAAGCUGAAAUGAGACAUCUUUUGCCCAAAACCCUGCUAAACAAAGGAUUCUUCCAGGCAGGCUCCUCCUCAAGCAACAAUGGUGAAACUGAGAAGCCUGAUUUAAGAAAAGCUUCCAACUUCAGUUGGAGUGGUCAGCGUAGUGCGCCCUCAUACAUUGAUAAGCUGGUGUUUCCUGAUGAUCUCUUAACUGCAUUAAGGACCAUAUCCAUCCAGGAAGACCAGCUUUUCAAGGUCUCUUCAUUGCUAGAAGAGCUCGUAGGCUCUGACGAGGAGAGACAACCUACAGACUCUGAAGUAAGGACAGCUGUUUGGGAAGCUUGUGGAGAUUCAGGAGCCUUUCAGUUGCUGGUCGAUAUUCUGCAGACCAAGAUGGCAGAUUUAGAAGAGGGUACUGGAACAGAGGAAAACGAUAUUGAGCUGCUCGAAAAUGCUAAGGACGUUGGAACCAUGAACCAGAAGGAAGUGUUUGAGCAGAAAGGAAACUCGAAUGAGGUGAUGAAGCCAAUGGGUCGGAAUCGUUGGUCGAGCAUAGUGUACAGAAGAGGGCAAAAGGAGAUGACCAGAUUGUUUCUCAGGGAGGCAGAGCAUGCUCUGCAGUUGUCAUCGAGUGAAGGCAACUAAUGAUACUCAUGAACAUUUUAGUUUAAAUAUUAAGUUAGAUGUUUUUCAUAAAAAUUAGGUUCAAUUUUGCAUAGCAUAUUAUCUACAUGGGGUAUUUCUUGGGGAAAAAAUUGAACUUCUACUGCUAAUCGGCGACAUCAACCAUAUAAUUUCUCUGGAAAAUCAUGUGAAUUUUUGUAUCAGUGUUUGUUAGUUUCCCAUUCCAAGAUAUAUUUUCCAAUUUAUGUAGAUCACCUUAUUCACCAAACCAACAUUGAGACAGCAUUAACCUACCUAAUUCAUCGAAUAUUGUAUAUUUGGAUGAAUGUGCCCGUAGUCAAGAAUUCGACCUAGUUAGGUCCUAGCUUACAGGAAAUAGUAACAUAAAUGUAUUAUUGUUAUGCAGUAGUUUUGUAUUCAUAUUAUGAAUAAAGUAUCUAAAGUAAACUUAUCAUCCAAACUAUCAAGGAUAUUAUUUUCAAUUUAACCUAUUAAAAUAGCGUUCAUGAUUUCAUCACUCAUCUGAUUAUAAAGUGUGUUCUUUGCAUAAUUUAUUUAAGAACAUACUCGUUCAACACUUGUAGUGAUGACUAGGGAUGACAAUGGGUUGGGUUAUUUCAAAUUCAAACCCAACCCAACCCAGUGAAUAUAUCAGCAAGUAAAAACCUCAAGGAAAAAUUAAACUAGUUAUAUAACCUCAAACCCAACCCAAUCAUCUGGGUAUCCAUAUGGAUACCCAUGGGUUAUGAUGGACAAAAAUACAUAAUAUCAAUCUCUUGUCAAAAUAAAAGUUUAACACCAAUCUUCCCAAAACAAAUUAUCCAUACAAAAAACACCAAUCUAGUAUAUAUAAGCAAACCCAUAAAUUAUCAAUACAAAUUGUUCAAUAUUAAAGAUAAACGUUCACAAACAAUAACACGGUUAAUCGACGGAUUGUGGGAGUAAAGUGUGUACGAGUAUCCAUGAGCCGGAUAUACCUAAAUCCGGACUCAACCCAACCCGCUGAACAGUGCAAUGGGUUUCAACCCAAACCCGACUCACAAUCCGUCAAUGCGGGUUUUAUACGCUUUGACUAGGUUGGAUUGAGUAAGGUACUCGUGGAUACGAGUUGUGUUGUCAUCCCUAAUGAUGACAAGUAGCAACAACACCAACUUAUAAGUUGAUAUACUAACUGAAACACUCGACUUUUUUUUACACAACCAUUUCCCUAAGAAAUUCAACAUUUUUCUUUAAUCCCUCAAACCUCUCAAAUAUCUUCAUAUCAACCAUAUAAACAUCUAGUUGAUGAAAAUCAAGAUGUAAGAUAUCACCUUUAGAAACUUCAUUAGGAUAAAAUGUUACAAGUUUAAAAAACCUAUUCUCGUCAAAGUUAACAAAUGAAUCUUCUAGAUUCAAACAUGCCACACAACAUAGCAAUUCCGCAUUAACCUUAUUGAGAAGACCAUUAAGCACGUGUAACUACAUACAAUAACUAUUAUGCAAUAAAGCAUAUAGUGGCAUGUAACUUAGUGGUGAAAAUGAUGGUCUUUUACAGAGAGGUCCCUUAUCUGGAUCCCGUUUCCAAGUAUACACGAGUUAGCUCCGCCACUGAACAUGCCUCAUAUUUAAAUUUACCCACUUAAUUGUGUAUGCAGGAAUUUUCACCUAAAAUCGAACCAAUACACAUCCCUAUACGCUUCAUCAAUCGAUAAUGACUUUGAGUCGCGAUACAACCAAUUCCACCGUCGAGCCAAUACGAGCUUCAUAUCUAUGGAUAAGUGUACUUUUGACCUUAUCUGGAUCCCGUUUCCAAGUAGACAAGAGUUAGCUCCGCAACUGAACAUGCCUCAUAUUUAAAUUUAGUCACUUAAUUGUGUAUGCAUAAAUUUUCACCUAAAACCGAACCAAUACACAUUUCUAUACGCUUCAUCAAUCGAGAAUGACUUUAAGUCGCGAUACAACCAAUUCCACCGUCGAGCCAAUAAGAGCUUCAUAUCUAU